GCACAAGCGGGGCGCGUAAAGGCUAUAACUGCAACCAAUCUUGUAUUGUCUUCGAUCCUGCACUUGAUGCUCGGCAAUCAGAAAACGACCACCCACGGCACGGAGUAUCAUCGCCUUCAACAAUGUCGAGCCCACCGAGUCCGAGCAUCGCAUACCAGACGACAAUCUCGGAUGAGCCAAUCAGCAUGAUGGUGGAGAAGACGGCAGGUUCCCCGCCUGCUACUGCUACUACUACUGCUGCUGCUGCUGUUACUACCAUGCAGACGGCCUCACGAGAAAGAUGGAAUCAUCCCCGCUCCAAUGUCUUCCGCGUGACGGCCUCGUUCUGGAGCCUUCUAAACUUGGGCAUCUUUGAUGCGGCAUAUGGAGCAAUGCUUCCCUAUCUUCAGUCGUUCUACGGCAUAAACUACACCGCCGUAUCCCUGGUGUUCCUUUCACCAUUGAUUGGCUACGUCUUCUCGGGAAUCCUCAACACCAGACUCCAUAACACCCUUGGUCAACGAGGCCUGGGCGUUCUGUGCGGCGGCGCCCAUUUGCUGUCGGCCAUCAUCAACGUGCUGCACCCCCCAUUCCCCGUACUCGUCGUCUCCUUCAUGCUUGGGGGCCUCGGGAACGGCCUGUCCGAUGCGGCGUGGAAUGCUUGGAUAGGUAAUCUGGACCGGUCCAACGAGCUUCUCGGCUUCCUUCACGCCGCUUACGGCCUGGGGGGGCUUGUCAGUCCUCUGAUCGCCACCGCCAUCAUCACCCGCGCCAAACUGCCGUGGUAUACGUUCUACUACGUCGUCAUAGGCGUAUCCGUCGUUGAAAUCCUCGCUCUGACUACGGCCUUCCGGAACCACACCGGGCGUCGCUACCGGGAGCUGAUGGCUUGCUCGCCAGGAGCCCACGAGAGUUCUGCCAGCAUACGCAGCGUCUUGACGACCCAACCUGAAGCACGCAUCGCUUGGCUCUCGGCCUUGUUUGUGCUGAUCUAUAUCGGCGUCGAGGUCUCCCUGGGUGGCUGGGUCGUUGAGUUUCUGCUCAGGAUCCGCAACGGCGACGACUUCGCUAGUGGCAUGGGUGCCACUGGUUAUUGGCUCGGCAUCACUCUUGGCCGCAUCUUGUUGCCGUUCGUGACCAAUAUCAUAGGUCUCAGGAUGGCGGUGGCCGCGUACCUCGCGAUGGCGAUGGUAAUGGAGCUGAUCUUUUGGUUGGUACCCCACUUCUACGCGUCCAUCAUAGCCGUCGGCGUCCAGGGGUUCUUCAUCGGCCCCAUGUUUCCGCAUGCCGUCUCUGCCAUCACCAGCCUAUUGCCUCAACAUCUACAUGUUGUCGUGAUUGGAUUCGUAGCAGCCCUGGGGGGUUGCGGGGCUUCUCUGCUACCCUUUGCCCUCGGAGCCCUGGCACAACGUUUUAGUGUAACUGCUCUGCAACCUUUCGUUCUCACCUGCUUGGGUGUUUCGUUGGUCAUCUGGUUGUUCAUACCUCAUGCAAAGAAGAGGAGAUGCUCAAGGUGAUUAUCAAAAGGCGGUGAGGGUGGGUGAGGUCUUGCAUUGUGAAAAACAGAUACUAUUCCAAGAUGAUAAUCAGCAAGUGGGCCAGGUGAAUUUCACUUCUGCUCAUUGACAUCAUGGGCCAUCAGGCCGAAUUAUGUUGAGUGUUCUUAUGCGCCACCCCUACUUUUUUGGCUACAACCAACGUUACGGUACCUUUCUACCAGCCGGCCAGUCGUUGACUUGCACUUCUAUCCUUCCUCAAGUUAAAAGCCAUUGCCAGCCUGACUGCUAUAUGAAACAAUUGCUAGAUAUCAACUAUGUACGUAUACGCGCCC